UGAUUUAAUGUCAUCAAGUUGUUUUUAACAUUAUAUAAUUUUGAUAAUGAAAUUAAUAAUUCUUUGGUCUUUGUGAUUUCUUGUAAAUGAUUUAUGGGUUUCACUGAAUAAUUUAGGGGAUUCACAGACUACGGUUGUUAAGGUGUCAGAACAAUGAAUUGUGUUGGUGUCGGUGUAGAUUGUGUAGUAUUUUACUGACAGUUCGUGUGUUAUCUGCAGUUGAAGUACUUGAAUUAUAGCAGAUAAAAUUAUUAAACAAUAAAAACGACCAGUUUUAGAUAAACAUUAAACUAGAGAUUUAAAACCUGGCCAAAAAAUAAGGUGAACAUUUUCGUGUCGGUGAGACGUAAGCCUAGACUCGGAUUAUUGAUAGUCAGCAGUUUUUCCCAAAAUAACUUUUGAUAUCUUUAGACCCACAGUCAUAUUCACGGACGGUUCUAAAAAUAAUAAGUGUAUCUCAAACUUUUUUGUUUCACACACAUUUGUAAAACUCUCAGUGCAUUAACAUCAAUGAGCUAAAUAGUUCUUUAAGUAGUUUUUUGUUGAGUACAGUUGCUUUUUUCUUGUGCUGUUGGUGAUAUUUUUGGUGUUUUAAAUAGACAAUAUGGAGAGUAGUGUGGAACAUGAGAUUUGCAAUAAUUGUAAAAAGGAAAUCCCACAGCCCAACUAUGUCAUGCACACGAUACACUGCGCAAGGAACAUUACCUUGUGCAAGGUCUGCAAGGAACCGGUGCCCAAAGGCCAGUUCUCCGACCAUGAAAAAACGUGCAGAAAGCCAGUUGAACCUAAACCACUGCCACCUCCUCCUACAAACUUCGAGAAGAGUUCGUAUUACCAGACCAGAAAAUCUAUAGAAGACAAAAAGGCAGAAGCACGAAAAGAACGGUACAUGCAGAAAAUGGAACGAUUAGUAGAUACAGGGUAUUCCUUAAAAGAUAAUUCUAGUAGAUUCAACAGUACUUCAAGCAGAGAUUCACCAAGUUGUGGUAGAGGCGCUCCAAGUUAUGGAAGAGGUUCUCCAAGUUAUGGAAGAGGUUCUCCAAGUUAUGGAAAAGAUGCAACAAAUUUUAGCAGAGAUUCAACAAGUUAUGGUAGAGAAACCACCGUUAACUAUGUCGAAGAGCCUUCCAUAGAAGAGUCUACUAGAUCUAGAUACUCAAGUAGCAGUUUUAAGUCGAGUAACGAAGUUAAACAAAAUGGCGUCAUCAAAAAAAGAACAGAAGUUCAAAAGGAAGAAAAAGUCGAAGCGCCACAGCCUCUUCCUCCUUUAAUUAAACGAUCAGAACCGUCCAAAUCCAUGUUGCCUUGUAGAUUCUGUGAUUUAGAAUUACCAAAAUUAGAGCUUGAGGAUCAUGAGAAUUAUUGCGGUUCUAGAACUGACAAAUGCUUGGAAUGUGGUGAGUUGGUGAUGUUCAAAGACAAACAAGUACACAUGGAUUCCAAUCAUGGAUUUUUGAAGAAAAAAGGAGCUCAAAGACAUGCUGGAGGUGGUUGGGAUUCAACUACCCACCGUACAGAAACUCCCGCUGAACCUCGUUCUAGAAGAAGUGUCACCGGAAGACCUUUUGCAGAAUUCGAUUAUGAUCCAAUGCCUUAUUUACCCUCAGCCUACCAAGCUCCAGGCGGAGGUGCCAAGAAGAAGGAAGGCGAAAGCUACAAAGAGAUUUCAAGAAGACUGGAUUGUAAAACGGAAUAUAUCAGAAAUAUUCUCCAGGAUUCUGCGGCUAUCACAGUACCUUUGCGAAGAAGUGGGACAGCACCUAGGAAUUACUUUUAUCAUGAUUUAAAAGGUCCAACAGGCCCUCCACCAAUGCCAGCUUAUAGACGUCGCAAUCCACCAACGGAAUUGGUCAUCCCGUGCGAGUUCUGCAACGUGCCCGUACCCCACGAAGACCUCAUCCAGCACGAGUCUGGCUGCCGCCCAGAUCUGGCCAGAUUCAAUCCUAGAAGAAGAUCUUCUCCGGAAGAUGACGAUUACUACGUCGAACCACCAAGACAGAAUUCUCUCGAUGACGAAGAACUCCCGUGUGAAUUUUGCGGAGACAUGUUUCCCGCAUCCCGCCUCUAUUCCCACUCACUGCAAUGCACAUAAAGUGCUCCAAUUGGCAGGGAAGCUUACUAUACUAUUUUGUGAAAUAUUUUUUUAGUUUGUAAAGUUGGACUGGGGAUUUUAGGGUAAAGGGUUAAAUAAUUAUUUUGAAAAGAGAUCAUUUUCGUACUAGAUAUGUUUUGAAAACGCGGAAACACAGCGUACCAACCAAAUAAUAGGAUGUUUGAAGUUUUGUGGUUUGAUAAGCAAAACACAAUUUACACUUGGCCUCCCUGUUCCAACGAGAUUCCAAUUUAUGAAUUCCAUCUCUGAAGUGAGAAUUGGAAGAACUGCAAAAUAAGCUGCCACAGCUAUGAUGACCUAAUUAUGUGACAAAAAACGCUUUCUACGGAUGAUUUUUUUUAGGUAUUGAAACAGAUGGAACUCGUUGGACCCAAACCUCGUGAAAAUGGAUUAUCCAACAAUUCGAACUUUAAUUCAUGGAUUUCCCUAAUAACUCCAAACAUUGUAUGUAUGUUCCUAGAAUGUACACACAUGACAUUGAAAACAUUCCUGGAAUGUCCUCAAAAACACAAGAACGUCUCCUAAAUGUCCCAGGAAAGUCCUUUGUCGGCAUUUUAAACAUUCCUGGAAUGUCUUGUUGGAACAUUCCAUGAAUGUCUACGAAUGUUCUUUGGACAUUCACAGUAUAUUUUUUAGACAUUCCCUGGAUAUAGUCGCUGAUGUGACAUAAUACCUUCGAUUUGUUUUUUCAUGAGUUUUGUAAGAGAGUCAAAACUUUUUUUACGGUCAAAUCCUGUUUUCAUUUGAUAUAUUUUGACAUGUUUUGUAGUAAAUUCAACUAUCUAUUUACUACAAAACAUGUCAAAAUUUACAUGUGAAAUCAAGAGAUGACCCUAAAAAUGGUUUUUCGUCUCCUACAAAAUUCACGAAAAAGCAGAUAGGAGGUAUUGUCUCAUCACCGACGAUAUACCAGAAGUAUAUGUGGCCAUACCAAAAUUUGGUUUGGCCAUAUUGGUGGUUAUUUAAUAAUAUCUAAAUCCUUAAUAAAUAUAAACAUUUUUAUUGCACAAAAUAUUGUCAUAUAUUUUUUUCCAUAAUCAUCACUACGAUGAUGAUUCGUUGUAUUGAAUUUUACAUUACAAUUACAAUCUGGUCAUAACUGACCAAUGAGCAAUUUUAAUUUAACGUAAAUUACUAGAUACUUUUCCUUAAAAUGAAGAGCUCUUAUCUAAUCUAACAAGAUCGUGCAAUAUUUUAACAUACACCGGCACACAAGCACUAUGCUCUGCUUUUCACUAUCACCUAUCACUUAACCUAGUUCAAAAGGCUUUGUCCUCUUUAAUCUUCUAGUUUGCCUAGUAGUAUCGAGGAGCUGGAUUUCCUCAAUAUUCUCGUACUUAUGAAGUUGUAGCUCGUGACUUCCUGCCAUCUUCUUGAUGAUUAUAUCCAGGUGCCAUUUCUAGGUAUUUAUGGAGAUCACUGUUUGUCACAUACCAAGGAGCAUCUAGGUACAAUAUUUCUCAAUUUUGUUCUGGAAUCUUUGUAUAAUUUUUAUAUUACUUUUUCUAGUAAGUAUACCCACAUAGUGGGCAUCCAUAAGUCCAUACAGAUCUUAAUAUUUGUUUAUAAAGUAAUAACUUAUUAUACAUCGACAAUGUGGAGUUUCUUCCAACUAGCCAAUACACUUUUUGCAUAUAUCUUUCUUUUGCCUUUUAUAGCCACAAGGCUAUACGUUUCUUUCCUGGUUUUUUUGUAGGCCACUUUCAGCUAAUUCUAAAAAAAAUAAAAACGAAUGGUAAUUUUUCUAUUCUUUACAAUUAAAAAUCAAAAGAAAUAGGUACUAUUUACAGGUAAUAAUAUGCAUAAAUAAUUCGUUUCAUAAAGCUUAAGGAAAAUUGAAAACGGAUUUUAUACUUCAUAAUUGUUUAAACAAAAGAGAUCCAGCCAGGGCAAAACUAAAAUACAGAACAGCAAAAAGAGCCACUAAUUCUAAUUUCCAUUUUCCAUCCAAUCAUAAAUUUUUAGGUUAUCAUGAAAUGUGAAAAUGUGAUUGGCCACGCGGCACGCGACCCUACUUACAUAGAACCACGCGCGGCAAAUUUGAAAAUGAACGCAAAUUGAAUAGUAAAUGGCCUCACUUCAAAUAUAAGGCAUUGAUAGUAUGUUCAUAGAAUGUCUUGUGGUAACAUUCCACCAAUAAUUUAAUCAGAUGUUCACCCAAUGUUCCUUGAAUGUCCAGAACAUUCAAACAUUAAUAGAACUUUGAUAGUACAUUCCUGGAAUGUUUUGUGUUGUUAGGGUUUAGCCAUUGUCAAAAUGUUGAUAUAACACGGUGCAUGGUCUUGAUGAAAAAAAUAUUUUUUUCUUCUACAAACCGGGUCUUUUCUACGAAUUUUUUCUUUUAGCUGGUCUAAAACGUUACAAUAUUAUUCAGAAUUUAUUUUUUUAUCCGUUUGCAAGCAAUCCACAAACACAUUUUUUUUCGCAUAUCAAAAAACGGAUGUUUACACCUUCUUGGCCGAUUUCUGGACUUAAACUCGUUUCGGAGCCAAAGAAUCAGUUUCACACCACCGUUUAGCCUCUUUAUUUGUUUCAAGAUCAUGGUGAUAGACCCAAGUCUCAUCCAUACUGAUGAAUCGAUGCACAAAAUCUAGUUCAUUUUUUCAAAACGCUUUCACGUAUUGUGAACACAGUUUUCUGUGUUUUUUUUUUUUUCUCAUUCCAAUACGAUAUCCUGUAUUUUUUCUACGAUUUUUGGUGUUGUCGUUUUGGACGUCCCUGAUGUAGAUCGUCUUACGGGCUUGUACGACCACGUUUGCAACCCAUUUUCUACUGUAGUAAUUGAAGCCGAAUAAUCCUUAUACCUACACUUUUGACAUUCGUUCAUAAAUUUCUUUUGCUUCCGAAAACAAAAAUUCAAUCACUGCAGGACUUGAUUUUAUCUAUUGUAAAAAAAUACUGCAACACGUCGACACUAAAUUGCUUGUAAACAAAGAAUGAAUUGACAGAUUGAAAUGAAACUUCAUAUACAUAACAAAGAAAAUUAGGCUAAAGUAGAAGCCACAGUUAAAAUGCAGUGUUGGUCUUACGAUGCGCAGCGAUGUCGGCGCAGUGGUAGUUUGGCGAUAGCACAGAAUAGGAAACAAUUAUUGUUCCCUAUUCUGUGGCAAUAGUGGCACUGCAUUCUAACUGUGGCUUUUAGUAUAGUAGCAACGUCCUUAUCGAACCGCAAAACUUAUUGAACAGCCUAUUAUGUGCCUUGAUUACAUUGGGUGAUAAAUUUAUUAGAGCCUUUUAUACAAACUUUCUAUGAUGUCCUUGAUAAGCCGAUCCCAGACAACCAAAUAACGUUUAAAAAACAUUGAAAAGACGUUAUAAUUAUCACCAAACUACGUCAGUUUGUCACGUUUUUUCGACGUCGAAAAUGACGUGAAUAUAUCCCACCAUAACUGACGUCAUUUUGUCACGUUUUAAAUACGUGAUAUAAAAAAACGUAGUUUUUAUGUCGUUUUUUUUAUCAUUUUUCAUUUUAUGGUUUUUAAAAAUACACAAUAAUAAUUAUUCGUAUGGGCAUUGUUGGUAUUGCAAUUUUUAAUUUAACUGUUUUAAAUUUAGCUUAUAGGCUAAAAGUAAAACGAAAUGAGAGACUAUAAAAUGCAUAGAAUUACAAUAGGUACCCUCAAUGCAACAUUAUACAAUUUUCACUUUUUAUAUAGGUAUACUUACUGUAUCAAAACUGGAACAGAAACAACAUAUAAACUAAUAAAUAACGUAUUAACAAAUUAAUUUAAUUAAACUCGAUAACACAUAAUUAGUUCAUUAACAGAAAAUAAUCAAAAAAACAAAACACAUAACGUCAAACCGUUUUCAAGAAGAACUAUUGCAUUAAACUAACUCACUUGAGAAAAACGAAUAAAAAUCUCUUAAUUAACACGUUUCUUCAACUAAAUAUCUAAAUGAAAAGCACGUAAAUUUUAUCACACAAAACACGUAAACAAUAAAUGAAAAAUUUCUUAUCACAAUUUAAGCAAUUUAAGCUUACAAACGUCAAUAUACAACAUUUACAUUAUAAGCAUUAACUCGUUAAGCUCCUCCCAUUUUUGUGACGUCAGAUUUGAGCUGUCUGAAAUGAAAACGUGUUUUAAUAGUAUAUUAUGCAACGAGCAUUUAAUGAUGGUCAUUAUGAAGCGAGUAUGAGGGUUACGAAACGAGCCGUAUGCGGCGAGUUUUGUAUAGAGUACGAGCUUCAUAAUGAUAAUUAAAUUCAAGUUGUAUACACUAUUUUUUCUGUGAUCAUUCACAACAAAAAAUAUAUUCACAUUUAUUAAUUUUGUAACACAAAUAAAUUCAGUUGUUUGUCAGUUUGACGGUUUGUUUACAUAUUGAGAACUGUCAAAUCGCAUGUAUUUGAUUCGCCAUUGGUAACUGCGCGUGUACCACCUUUAUCGCGAAUGCCAUAUCGCGAUUCUAUUGGUUAAAAAUCUGUAUCUUAAUGAAAAUCUGUAUCAUAAUGAAGUUCAUUAUGAUACAGGCAGUGACAUCAUAAUUGAUAUAUAGUGUAUGAGAAUAGAAAAACGUAUUUUAACGUCAUUAAUCUUACGUAUUUAAAAUCAUCUACAAAAGACGUUUAUACAGUGUGACCCAUUUAGAUUGGAAACACCUCUAUAAAAUUUGAAGUUGUUAACCGAUUUUAACCAAUUUUUUUUUAAUGUCAUGUAAUAAAAGGUCUAUUGCGGGACAAAAUAUGAAAUAUUUAGUUAAAUUUUCAGGGCAUUCUACGAUACUUUUUCUUCGUCGAAAAUGGAGAAUUUAUAUUAGCGAUUUUUUUAUUAAAAAAAUUUCUACGCCACUAUAUUUAGAGUGGCUUCAAAUAGCUAUGACAAAAAUGUCAUUAAAAUAUAUUUAUUAAUAACGAAGUUAUGACAACUUAAAAUUUUAAAACUCACUAAGCUAUGAGUCAAAAAAGAACACCCUGUAUCAACAGAUAACCAUAAAACUAAUUAUUUUUCAAAUAAUUUUAACUAUAUUUUAACUAAAUUUUAAUAAUAAACCACUACUAGACAAAAAAAUGUUUAAAAUAAAUUUAAAAUGAAAUUUUUGUCAUAGCUAUUUGAAGCCAGUCUAAAUCCAGUGGGUAGAAAUUUUUUUAAUAAAAAAAUCGCUAAUACAAAUUUUCCAUUUUCGACGAAGAAAAAGUAUCUUGUUAAUUAUUAAUAUUAAAAUUAUUUGAAAAAUAAUUAGUUUUGACGUUAUCUGUUGAUACAGGGUGUUCUUUUUUGACUCGUAGCUUAGUGAUUUUUUAAAUUUUAAGUUGUCAUAACUUCGUUAUUAAUAAAUAUAUUUUAAUGAAAUUUUUGUCAUAGCUAUUUGAAGCCACUCUAAAUCCAGUGGAGUAGAAAUUUUUUUAAUAAAAAAAUCGCUAAUACAAAUUCUUCAUUUUCGACGAAAAAAAAGUGUCGUAGAAUGCCCUGAAAAUUUAACUAAAUAUUUCAUAUUUUGUCCCGCAAUAGACCUUUAAUUACAUGACAUUAAAAAAAAUUUGGUUAAAAUCGGUUAACAACUUCAAAUUUUAUAGAGGUGUUUCCAAUCUAAAUGGGUCACACUGUAUGACGUAAUGUUCAACCACGUGUGUAUGUUCAACCAAAAACUGACGUUUCCUCGACGUUACUGACGUCACUUGGUUGCCUGGGAUAUUAGUGGUAAGAAAUUCAUCGGACAUUUCUUGAUUAUUCAAAUUUAAAAAAAAAAUUACGUCUAAUAAAGGUAUGAACUAGAUCACGUAUAACGAGCUAUACUUUUUUCGCGUUAAGAACGGAACAUUGGCCUAUCUGAACAAUGUUUCGUUCUUAACGUGAAAUGUUGUAUAGUAGAUAAUAACUGCUUGAUUUACAAAAAAUUUAGUACAAUAAAUAGUGGCAACAGAAAGCGUUAAAACAGCUUGUAAUAUUAAAAUUUAUAGACACACGAACAUAAAGAAUAUACUCUGUGAUUUGUAAACUGACAUGACAAUAAUGAUACCAAAGACGAGUGCUUGUGUUACAGCAAAUGCCUAAUUGUCAACUAUGGUGAGGUCUCUCGGCUCAGAUUUUAAACACCGUUUUAACGGCAUUGAUUAAAUACAUAUCGUGAUAGUGAAACGGUAUUAUUAGACUACAUAAACAACAAAACACAGUAUGUUGUAUUGUUGUUUGUUCAAAUAAAGUUUUCAAUUGUUGAAGUGUCUCAAACUUCAAAAGAACUCGAAAGUAGGAGGCAAUAUACAUUCUACUGUCGCAUAAACUUAUUUUACAUGAAUUUACAAAAUUCCAUUUUACUUAAAAUUGAUCACCCAUUGUAUGAUAGUGAGAAGGUACAUACUCUUUCUUUUACUCGUUAUUAUCAAACAAACAUUGAUGAAUUUAUACUGGGAGAAAUCUAUGUAUUUGUAUUUUCUGUUAUAUUGCUUGCUACAACGUAGCUGUAUUUUUUGCAAAUGUAAGAUUUAAGUUUUUCUCGCAGAUGCUGUUUAAAAAUUAAUUAAUAGAUUAUAUUUCUUUAGAUAGACAUGUUUGUAUACAAGUUUCCUUUAACAUUGUAUUAUAUAGUUUCUCAUU